UAGUGUAAACGAGAACUAUAGAUUUCUGUAUUCGCUGUGAAUAAUGGAAUAAAUUAAGAUAAUUUUAUAAAAGUUACUUGUUAGUACGCGUAUUAAAUGUUCAAAUGUGCAAAUUAGGUUAGGACAUUGCUAGAACAUAAAUUAGAAAGAGAGAAAAGGUUAUAAACAGAGAGCAGAAGUGAGAUAGAAUACAGUGCCCUGAUUGGUUACGCGCCUCGGCCGCGCAUGCGCACUCCAUUUUAGGCUUCACUAACAUCAAAGGUGCCGACAGAGAGUUGCGCUACUGUAUAUACUGUGCUCGUACAUACCGUUUACCGAAAAUGUUAUUCAGGUUAUUUAUGUGAAAGAUUAUUUAUGUGAGUGGUUCUGUGACAAAUAUUAAGCAAUAUUAGGAAAUAACUUAUCAAGUGGAAUUAUAACAGAAAAGAUAAAGGUAUGUAUGUACGUAGGUUAAAAAUGUGUUAACCUGUACUUCAUCGAACAUACAAGUGUUAUGAAUAAAACUAAAACAUGUGCGUUUUGGAAAAUACGAUUAACAAUCGAGGAUGUUUAGCUUUGUUAAUUUUAUUUGUAGAUAUUGUAAUUGCAAGAAAAGAAUCGAGCGUGCUUGGGUCUACUCGGAACAGACCUCGAGAAACAGAACAAACAAUGCUAAUGUGAACGUUGAAUUAAUUGAUUUCUCUGAUUUCAGGUGACCUCGAGCAAAGACGAUGAGUAAAGUGUGCUAUUUGUGCGACAGGUCGACAAAAAAUGAUAAUUGUUCUAUGCACAGAUUUCCAAAAAAUGAGAACCUUCGGAAGCAAUGGCUGCACGCUUGCAGAUUAUCCAUAAAGGAUGAUGUGCGUAACGUCUAUAUCUGCAGUGAUCACUUUCGAAAUGAUGACUACAGAGACAACAGAGGAUUGUUACGUACAAUGUCUCUGUUAAAGCAAGGAUUGGUACCUUCUAUCAAUAUACCAAACCCAUCAGUAAACAUCGAUGCCAACCAGGUGGAAUUGCAGUCUACGGAGAAUGUAAACAUCUGUCUUAAUGAAUCAUCAAUGAAUGUUAACGCCGAUGUUGGAAUAAUGGAAACACAGAUAGAGGAGAAUACCAAUCCCAUCGUCAAGGAAUUUGAAUCAACAGCUCAGAAUGUUACUGUCAAUGAUUCAAGUCAGAAUGAAGCUACAUUGUACACUCCAAAGAAACGUAAAUGGUUUGAGCCGCGUUUCAUUUCUGAAAUUUUAACUCCUGAUGUCUCGACGCCAAAAAGAGCAAGAAGAAUAAUAGCCUUCGUAAAAGAGACUGAUAAGAAGAAGAGUAAAAUAAUAAAAAAAUUGCAUGAGAGAAAUCGCAAGCUCUCGAAGCGCAUUGCUUCUUUGAAAGAAUUGAUAGCACAUUUAACAAAAGAAAACAUGAUUUCUAAUAAAGCUGGAAAGACAUUCAUGGUAUCGUAUCUAUCGAAAUAAGAGAGAUUGUAAACAUUAAUACGUGUGGGGUGCGAUCGCUCGUAUGUUUUUUGGUUUUAAUAUUUGUUCAUAGGCUACGUUUACACCGUGCAUUUAAUCCACGACCUAUACGAUAGAUGUCUUUAUUUAACCU